AUGCGACGACGUGCGACCUGUUUCUGCUUUGUUCCUCCCCGAUUCCCAAGUUUUCGGACGGGCUGUUUCGCUGUUUUUGCCUUUUCCUUCUUCAUAUGCCAUAGGGGUCGAAAGGCGUCAUGGUAUUCUCAUACUGGGGUAUCAUUUUUGUACAAAUGUACUGUUGCACAGAGUCUAUUCUAA